CAGCACGAGACGAGGAAGACACCGCUCUCCAAAACCCAUGUAACGCUGUUCAUGCUACACAGUGAUUAUGGAGGGGGAUGAGAUUGAGAUGAGCACAGAGGAGCUCCAAAUGUGGAUCAGAGAGAAGGUGAAGAAGAACAACCUGAUGUCCUCAGGUGUGCAGGAGAAAUGCAACCUGCUGCAGUCUCUGCUGGACAGGAGGGAGAAACAGUCCGACCACCUCCAGAGGCUCUACCAGUCUGUGUCAGCAUGUGAAGCGAUAGUGAAGAAACAAUACUCUUUGCUGGGGUGGAAAUACAGAGACACUGAUUCUGAUGAUGACGAUAAUACAAAAGGCUGCGGAAAUGCUGUUCCCAGCCCUCCAGCUACUAAUGGCCUAACUUCUCUGUUACCAAAGCUCCAUGGAGAGAAGGGCAAAAAUAGCUCUAUCAGUCUAAAGAGAGAACCAGUUGUGGUCUUGACCAGGCUUUCUACACACGAGAUCCAAUCUAUUUGUCCUCGGACGCCUGAGAAUCACGACAGUGAAGAAGAAUCCUCAAACUAUUCGGAUUGUGAUAUGCAGUGGGAACCAGACGAUGACUCAAGUGAUUCCGAUUUUAGUUACUCAAGUAAAGAGACUGUGCCCAACAAGAGGAGAAAAAUAGAUCAAAAGAAUAUAAAGCGUGCUAAGAGUCGUGCAACGCCCAAAGCUGAAACAAAUACUAGAGCCAAAAGCAACGUAACUAAAACGUCAACACCCCAUGCCAGUACAAACAGCAAUGCUAAUAGCAAUGUGAAGAGCAGCGUAACGAAAACAUCAACACCACAAGCAACCACUAACGGGCCCGUGAACAUAACAACUGCUCUUUCCCAAACCUCUGACGAAGCUACCAAGACCCCUCCUAGAGUGCCACUAGGAGAGCUCAAAGUGGACAUGUGUAUUCUGGCCAGAAGGAGGGCCAUGAGCUGGCAGCAGGGGAAAAUCCUAGCCAAAGUUACAAAGGAAGAUGGUAAGUUGAAAUACAAGAUCCAUUUUAAGGACAAGGGGAAGAGCCUAGUCUCUGGUCACCACAUCGCCUUUGACUACAUGCCAAAGGUGGAUCAGCUGUUUGUCGGUGCUCGUGUGGUGAUCAAGUUUCCAGCAGAAGACAAGUGCCGGUAUAGCCCCGGUAUCCUGGGAGAGCUCCCCGGCAGAAGAAACCGCAUGAGGUUCCUGGUCUUUAUUGAUGAUCACAAGCCGGUCUAUGUUAGCUUACCUUUACUUCGCCUGGUGAGCCGACCAUUGCAGGACCCUUGGGACGAUAUUCCAGAUGGCUUCCACAAGAAUUUCAUCCAGGGGUAUAUGAAGGUCUGGCCUUACCCGCCCAAGACCCAGUACAGGGUUGGACAGACAGUUAAUGUAGAACUUAAUGGAGUCAUGCAGAAGUGUGAGGUGCAUAUGGUCGACUGCAGCUUGAUACAGGUCGUUGUUUCGACAGAUCAACAUAAGCUGAUGAUCUACCGAGGGUCCACAUGCUUGGAACACAUGAUUAAUACCAGGGGGUCUUUGGAGUUGAAAAAGGACCAAGACCAGAAGAAAAAAUCUCCAAGUUGAUGACUUCAGAGUCAUCACAGUCGGCACACUGAUGGGACCGUGAAUGUGUUCAAGAGAAGUGGAUGCUCUGUUCCAAGAUGGUGUCCCAUGCAUUCAGUGAAAGUUGCUCACCAAGAAUACAGCUUGAGUUGUCCUCUGGCCAAGCCCGGUUGAGAGCAUUUUUAUUUUAGCUUUAGUAUUUACAUCGAAGGUCUCCUCUUAGCCAAUAUGGCUGUUUUUGUAACUCCAGAGGGGCUAGUAUUAUUACUCAUCUGACUCGUUGCCACCAGCCACGGUCAAUGCCCGUUCCUGAGCAGCGCAAAGAGAAUGCAUUGUUUUUUUAUAAGUGUAUUUGUAUUGUUGCGUUUGUGUCUUAAAUAAAAAUUAACUGUUUCAUUUUCA